UAACUCGGCUCGGCAGAGCGCGGAGGAAAAAUCCGCGAGAAGGUGGUGGAAGAAGAUGGCGGGGCUGAGGCAGAGUUUGCAAUCUUUCUGAAUAGGCUAGUCGAGUAACUAUUCGGAUCAUGGCGUCAAACUCAACGAAGUCUUUUCUGGCAGAUGCUGGCUAUGGCGAACAGGAGCUGGAUGCUAACUCUGCCCUUAUGGAAUUAGACAAAGGUCUAAGAUCUGGCAAACUUGGUGAACAGUGUGAAGCGGUUGUUCGCUUCCCCCGGCUCUUCCAGAAGUAUCCGUUCCCCAUUCUCAUCAAUUCUGCAUUCCUGAAGUUAGCCGAUGUCUUCAGGGUCGGAAACAAUUUCCUGAGGCUGUGUGUUCUUAAAGUUACUCAACAAAGUGAGAAGCAUUUGGAGAAGAUUCUAAAUGUGGAUGAAUUUGUGAAGAGAAUCUUCUCUGUGAUUCACAGUAAUGACCCCGUAGCAAGAGCCAUCACUCUCAGGAUGUUGGGCAGUCUGGCAUCAAUAAUUCCUGAGAGGAAGAAUGCUCAUCAUAGUAUUCGUCAGAGUCUGGAUUCACAUGAUAACGUAGAAGUGGAAGCUGCUGUGUUCGCUGCUGCAAACUUCUCUGCGCAGUCAAAGGAUUUUGCUGUAGGAAUAUGUAACAAAAUCAGUGAAAUGAUUCAAGGUCUUGCCACACCAGUAGACUUGAAGCUGAAGUUGAUCCCCAUCCUACAGCACAUGCACCACGAUGCAAUCCUGGCAUCCAGUGCUCGUCAGCUUUUACAGCAGCUGGUCACGUCCUAUCCUUCCACCAAAAUGGUGAUCGUUUCUUUGCACACUUUUACUCUGCUUGCAGCUUCGUCUUUGGUUGAUACACCUAAGCAGAUUCAGCUUCUAUUGCAGUAUUUGAAGAAUGAUCCCAGGAAAGCAGUAAAGAGACUUGCUAUUCAAGAUCUGAAAUUACUUGCCAAUAAAACACCACAUACUUGGAGCAGGGAAAACAUUCAGGCUCUCUGUGAAUGUGCUCUCCAGACUCCCUAUGACAGCUUGAAACUUGGGAUGUUGUCUGUUCUUUCCACGCUGUCAGGGACCAUCGCUGUCAAACAUUACUUCAGCAUAGCAUCAGGAAAUGUGGGUUCUUCCCCUAGAGCCUCUGAUUUAGUCAGAUUAGCCCAAGAAUGCUGUUACCAUAAUAACAGGGGCAUUGCAGCUCACGGAGUGAGAGUCCUGACUAAUAUAACCGUCUCUUGUCAAGAAAAAGACCUUUUGGCACUGGAACAAGAUGCUGUCUUUGGCCUGGAAUCCCUUCUGGUACUUUGUAGUCAAGAUGAUAGCCCAGGUGCUCAAGCCACUUUAAAGAUUGCUCUCAACUGUAUGGUGAAGUUGGCCAAAGGCAGGCCCCACCUCAGCCAGUCAGUGGUGGAGACCUUGCUGAUUCAGCUGCAGAGCGCGCAGGACACUGCCCGGAUUCUGAUGUGCCACUGCCUGGCCGCCAUUGCCAUGCAGCUGCCUGUGCUGGGCGAUGGGAUGCUCGGGGACCUCGUGGAGCUCUACAAGGUGAUCGGACGGUCAGCCACAGACAAGCAACAAGAGCUUCUGGUGAGCUUGGCCACAGUGAUUUUUGUAGCCAGUCAGAAAGCACUCUCUGCUGAAGUAAAGGCAGUGAUUAAGCAGCAGCUCGAAAGUGUCUCCAACGGAUGGACUGUAUACCGGAUUGCCAGACAGGCCUCCCGGAUGGGUAGUCACGACAUGGCCGGAGAGCUGUACCAGAGCCUGCUGACGCAGGUCGCCUCGGAGCAUCUCCACUUCUGGCUCAACAGUCUGAAGGAGUUCUCACACGCGGAGCAGUGCCUCACCGGCCUGCAGGAGGACGACGCUAGUUCAGCACUUUCUUGCAUUGCUGAGUCCCUGAAAUUCUACCACAAAGGGAUUGCUUCCUUAACAGCUGCCAGUACACCCCUGAAUCCUUUAAGUUUUCAGUGUGAAUUUAUAAAGCUCAGGAUUGACCUUCUGCAAGCCUUCUCUCAACUUAUCUGUACUUGUAAUAGCCUCAAGACAAGCCCUCCACCUGCAAUUGCCACAACAAUUGCCAUGACCUUAGGGAAUGACCUUCAGCGGUGUGGUCGAAUCUCCAAUCAGAUGAAAUUGUCCAUGGAAGAAUUCCGAAGCCUUGCUUCCCGAUAUGGGGAUCUGUAUCAGGCAUCUUUUGAUGCUGACUCGGCAACUUUGAGGAAUGUCGAACUGCAGCAGCAGAGCUGUUUACUGAUUUCUCACGCUAUAGAAGCCCUGAUUUUGGACCCAGAAUCAGCAAGUUUCCAGGAAUAUGGAUCUACAGGAGCAGCCCAUGCUGAUAGUGAAUAUGAGAGAAGAAUGAUGUCUGUAUAUAAUCAUGUCUUGGAGGAGGUGGAAUCACUCAAUAGGAAAUAUACCCCUGUUUCUUAUAUGCAUACAGCAUGCCUCUGCAAUGCCAUCAUUUCUCUGUUGAAGGUUCCUCUUUCAUUUCAGAGGUAUUUUUUCCAGAAACUUCAGUCUACCAGCAUCAAGCUAGCUUUGUCACCGUCCCCCCGGAACCCUGCAGAGCCUAUCGCUGUCCAGAGUAACCAGCAGCUGGCGCUAAAGGUAGAGGGAGUGGUCCAGCACGGAUCUAAGCCAGGACUCUUCCGCAGAAUUCAGUCCGUCUGUCUGAAUGUUUCUUCCACACUGCAGAGUAAAUCCGGACAAGACUACAAGCACCUGAAUUCUCUUCUCCAUCACCGAAACCCCCGUCCAUCCUUCCAAGUUCAGAUUCUCCAGCCAGGCACAGUCAAGGGCCCUCCACGGCCUGGAUCCUGUUCCGUCUGGUGUGAAGCAAUUGGGCUGCCUGGCCCUCGGGAUCCGCGUGAAGGUGACACAUAGUGGCUAAUGCGACCUUGUCCAGCUAAUGAGAACAGAGAGCUCCCUCCCCUGUGGCACCCCCCACCCCCCGCCGUGACUAUUCUCCAGGCUCCCGCCUGUUCACACCCCUGCAUGGAGCAGCCCCCACUGGUCUGCCUGCUGACUCAGUGUCCCCCUCGGAGACAAGAGGUGGAGGAAAGGCUUCCCGUUGUUUCUCAGCUGCAGGUGGUGUAACGUUGGGGGCAUGGCCCCCUGGCGCUGCAGAGGCCCAGCAGGGGCCUGGAGUGCCGCCCAGGCUCUGAUCUGAGGUCUGAGGCAGGAGGAUGUGGAGCCUAGACUCUAAAGAAAGUAAUUAAAAAAAAACAAAAAACAAAAAAAAAAAGACGUUCAUCUGUCUUUUUCUGUGCCACCCCCACCCUUGUCCUCCAGCGCCAGCCUCUCUCGGUCACAGGUGGCGUGUGCCGCUGCUUUGGGUGGCGUGGGUUUCACUGUUGCCUCUCCCCACCUUCCUCCCUCCUUCGCUCCUCCCUCCUUUUUCCAGGACUGACUGUGGACCUGUGGUGUGCAAAGUCCUGCAGCAGGCAGAGUCCCUGCUCUUGGGAAGCUGUGGUGGCUGGUUGUCACAUACGUCAGCCUGAUCCAUAUUUGUCCAGGUGCCACCGUGCUGAGAUGCUCCGGUUGCACCGCAGUGAGACCUGAGGGGUCCACUGUUGUUCUUCUCACGGAUGGAGCAGUAUACAAAGUGCUGCCCAGAAGGCCCAAGGGAGGUGGCCUGGGCCACGGAAAGUGCCGAGAGAGAAAGGCAAGGAGAAGUCAGGGCAGCCUUGGAUUCUCAGCGCUGCGAUCUAGCCCGACGCCAGAGCCAGCUGCAGAUCAGACCCGGAGAGCGAGCGCUGCUCCCCACUUUCACUCCUCAGCGGGGCAUCGGUCAGACUGCGACCAGCUCAGGUCUUCCCCUUGCCUCCCGUCCUCCAUCUGCUGGUCCUCUACAGCUUCUACCCCACAGGCUUUGGACCCCAGACCUCCCCUCUGGGUGGCUGGACUUGUGACAGGUAACCUGGGGAAUCAUCCAAGAUCAUGUUUUUUGCUAAACAAUAAAAAAACACGGCCUGGCCAAAAUCCUGCCCAAGGCUCCCUGAGCUGCCCUGUGUCCUCAUAAUGCAGUGAAAUAGUCAUCUCUGCUUUUCUGGUAGACAUUCCCCCAAUACGUGGUCUUUGGCCAGUCAGAGGCAUCGACGGUGCCCAACGUAGUGGCACAUUAAAGCAAUAAUGUAAAGACAAAGCAAAACAAUGUUCAGUGUUUUUAACAUCCAAAACAAGAUACUGAGAAUAAAAAAAGGAGAGUGUUUUGGCUAUAAAAAUAGAGGAGACAAGGAACGGGGUGAUAAGCAUGGCUGCUGCUUUAGACAGGUUGACAUUCUCAUCAUUCCCAGAACCCCAGUGCAUUGCACAUGCCCAGGCCUUUGUGAGCGCUUGGCAUUCAGCCCGUGGCACGCUUUUCGCCAUGGUUCUGCCUAGCAAGCUCAGUCCAUCUCUGAAGACUUACCCAGGUUGAAAGUCCUCCUCUCCAAGGUUUUUCUGCAAGCCCCGCAGCGCCGGGUGCUACCCUCGCCUUCUGUCUGCUCUCUGCUCCCAUAUCUCCCUGCUUACAUAGCUGUCUCUUCUUCUCUCUAGACAGUGAACAUCCAACAGAAGGACUGGGAGUUCCUCUCUGCAUUCCUGCUCUUCAGCACAGUGCCUGGCACAUAGCAGGUCAUCAAUCAAGUCUAAUUAUUUAAUGCAAAAUUCUGUUCACAUUAUCUAGCCUUAAUACAGUUUCUGGUCCCGAGAAAUGAGAAUGGAUUGUAAACUCAAGAGCUGUUGCCCAACCAGUGCUGGACAUUUCUAGUCCUUAACUCACUACCUCCACUGCUUAGGUGACCCUAAGCAGCACUGCCAAGGGCCCAGCACUGGGGCAGCCUGACAGUCCUGCAGCCACGGCUGCAGUGGUGUCCUUCCUGGACGAGUGGCUAAGCCCAGACCCUGCAGCCUCCAGCAGGAUGCAGACCUGGGCUGGGCUCCUUUGUGACCGAGGUGGAGCUUCGUCAUCCCCGUCUCUGGUCUUCCGCUUCUCCCUCUACCCUGUGGUCGUGGGUCCUGAUUAGAAAGCUCUUAGAGGUUCCUGGAAGGACUGUUAUUGUACAGCUGCACAAAGGGUAUUAUGUCACAGUGGUAUAAGAGCAGGGCAAAUAAUGUGAACUAGGAAUAAUAAGGGCACUUAUUCCCAGAAGCACAUUGAUUUAAACCACAAAAGCUCCUCGGAACAGGGCUUGAAGAUUGUAAAAGCCUGAGCUUUUUCCCAACAACCCCUGUGGGAGGGGAGCUCUUGCCAGGCCACUGCUGGAGACGUCAUUUGGUUCCGGUUGGCAGCUGGUUUUGUCCCUCAGGUGUUCUCACUUUGGUGAAAUGUCCCUGCUGGAAUGAGCCCAGACUCUUCUCUGGGUUCUGGGGAGAAGGGCCAUUACGUCCUCAUCCCUUGCAUAAGAAGCAAAGAAUUGGCCUCAGCACAGCUUGGUUCAUGGUUCAUUCUCUGCGUGAUGAAGACAGGUCUCCAGACAAUGGAAAUGUCAUAGCCGCUUUUGCUUCUAAAAUCUGCACGGCAGAAACAGCAGCUGACUCACCCCUUGACCUGCCAUUCCCGGUCAGCAGCUUCAGAAAACCAGCCAGAUGUCCAGUAUCUAUAAAAAAUAAAGUCACCUGAACAAA